UGAGUGCUGCUACUCGUAUUUCUAUAAUCAAAAUUAGCUAACAAAACUAUUAAUUUAUUUCAUUCUACAUGAAGUAAUAAUGUAGGGUUCAGUAUUUAUAUAUUUAACUCACUUAAGUUUUACGAAAUUUUUGUCAUUCCAUUGUAAAAGUGUUUACCCUAAAUCAUAAUGACUCAGGAACUAUCAGGAGUUACUGUAGUCUUUAUAGUGUCCAGUGGAAUUUUGACUUUUAUAUUACUUUUUAUUUUCGCCAAGAGACAGAUCAUGAGAUUUGCCCUUAGAUCUCGCCGAGGACCUCAUGUUCCAAUUGGUCACGGAGCAAAGAAGUCUCUUAAGAAGGAAAUUCAUCGCAGGAUUGAUGCGAUCCCCAAGAUUGUAUAUGAACCGAGAAUGAUAAGUGAAAGUGACUCUCAGUACAUUAUGCCUCCAGACAAUCAUCUGCCUCCUUUCUACUGCAGACUCAAAGCAAUGGACGACGUAAAACUACUUGAACAAGAAAUAACCAAGCAGGACCCAUGUCUACAUCGGCACCCGACAGAGAACUUACGAGCCUACCUGCUGAUGACUCUGGCCGCCCCACUCAACGGUUUGGGUCAGAGGAUGGUGCACCAGUUCUGCGACUUGUACGAACACGCCAGACACGACCCCAGCGAGUUUGGUGACGAAGAGUAUCAAGUCUUCCACCGAUUGCUGCUCAAACUAAUUGAUGCGGCGAGGCUGUUGAAAUCGUAUUCUAACAGCAGAAAGUCGAGUCCCAACCGAACUCCGCUCAAGAAGAGCCAAGAUAAAUGCCGUCAGUUGUUGGAGGCCAAGCUGAAGGAGAAACGGGACGAAGAUUCUCCUCCAGUCCCCCCUCCACCUGACAACAAUGAGACUUCCGUGUGACACAUAGGGACAACAUAGACAGUGUAUAACCUAAUAGUAACGGUACGUUGUUGGACAAUGUUUAAGCAUUUGAUGUAUUCAACAACCUGUAUAUUAAGCCUGUGAUGACUUUGGGUUUAACUUUUCAUUACAUCUAAAUCUGAAUAUAUUCUUUUGUAAGGAGUCUUAUUCAAUCACAGUAGAAAAAAUGCAAUUCAUAACUUAGCCUGUGCUGAAUCAACAAAACUACUGGAGUACUUAGUGCUGUAUAAAAUAGCGUUUGAUUGAAUAAGGAGAAAAAAAGCUAAAAUAGAGUCUUAAGAGGGAUACAAAUAGACAUUAGGCUAUAUUUCAGUGUUAUAUUAACAAACAAACCAAAAAAUAUUUUAUAUAACCCGAAAUGGUUGACAACAUACCUGCAAUAUUUUCACUAAAGAGCAGUAUUGAGAGCUUGUCGAACAGGGUGCGGCAAAAAAACUAUCUAUUUUAUGCAGCACACUGUUCAGCGACAGGUCAUUCUUUUAAUUAGGGCGACGUGGGUUCCUUCAAGUAGCACAAUCAUGUGUUGGUUUACCAAAAUUAGAACAACGGCUUCUGCGUUCAAAAAGAAACUGACAAGCCGUCCAAAGAAGAUCGGAUGGCAGACAACUAACAUUCGAUAGAGUUAGUGCUGCUGUGGAAAACAGUCCAUGUAGGCCCACCCGGAAACAAGCAUCUGCUUUGAACAUGUCUGACCGCUCGGUUACACUAAUUUUGAGGUUGGAUCUUAAUUAUUUUCCCUACGGAUUAAUUUGUUUAAUUUUGUUGAUUGUCCAUGCAUAUAAUCACGAUGGAACCUCUCCAUGUCGACCUAAUUGAAAAUAUUCAUGGAAAUUCCGCUGAGUUGCAAUGACUGAAUCAUUACGUUUUAAAACAACUCGAUAAUAAAUGUGCGUUGAUCAGGUCACCAUUGCUCUAUGACUACAGAUAAUGGUAUCCUGUAGGCUUUCCAAUGAGCCUAUCCCCACCACCCUCAGACAACUUGUUGCUGAACAAUGCCCGGCAGAAAAUAGAUCGGUUUUAUUGCCUCACCCUGUAUAAAGUAGAUUCGUCAUGUACAUGCUGCAUAUCUGGUUAGUCUUAUUCUGCCUCAAACUUUGAUUCAACUUGAUUUAAUUCCUUGGCCAAACACACUCGGAUUCAAUUUUGGUAAAUGACAAAUUUCUCUUUUCCUUGAUACGUCAUAUCAUUUGUCUUUACAACUUUUGCAUUGCUUAUUUCUCUCAUUAGUUUUGACAUAUCUGAUUGACUUUUGGUUUACACUUAUUUGACCAAAAAAAUAUAAUCAAGACUAUUGUUUUCAAUUAUAUUUCAAGUUCCUUGAAGAAUUGUUUCACUCAAACACAAACUACCUGAGCCAAGUUAACAUGUUAGUUGCUCUCUAUUAUUGCCUGCCAUUUGAAUCAGCUUUUAUUUGAAAUAAUAGGGUCAUUUGGUUUUCAUUCCAGUAUUUAGGAUUAUGUGUAAUAUUUGUAAAUAAUUUGUAGUGUACAAUUUAUGAUGAUAACUGGAUUACUCUAUUCUGUAUAUAUUUAUUGCUAUACAUCUUCAUAAUAGGCGACCUAUCUACACUUUGUAAAUAUUAUAUGUAGCAUAAUAAUGGCC